AUGCUCGGCGGCCAUCUCACCCAGAACAACGCCCCUGCCACUGCCUCCACAACCUCAGCCAACCACAGUAGACACUCCAGUAGAGGCUCCAUCAACAACCAUCUCAUGAACAACCCCAACGGGAACGCAGGAACGGGGAACGGUGCAGGAAACCGUCCCUACAGCCGCAAUGGCUAUCAGCAGGCUGACUCCACGCUCGAUCCAGUCUCCUCCAGGCGUCUUCACAGCUCUUCAGCAGCCUCAACCAACUCUACUUCUUCUUCAACUCCGCUGUCCUCCAUGACCAGCGCAUCGUCGCGUCCCUUUGUUCGACAGGGCCAAUCCAUGCGACGGGACAGCACUGCUUCGAGCUUCAGCACCCUGUCUGAAGCAUCACUACCUUGGACACGAGCCGAUAUUGGAUUCAAUGCCAUCUCGGGAGUGCUAAACAACCCGACAAAACGCCCUUCGUCUGCCGCAAAGCCAACAAAGACCGAUAUACCCCCAAUAGCUCCCGUGUCGAUUCGCAAGGUCAAGGCUUCAGAGUUCGACAGCUACAUCAAACACAUUACCCCCGUAUUCGAACGUUACCAGGGAAACAGAGCAGGAUCAAAACCCGUCGAUGGAGCCAACAUACACUCGCCUCGAUCACCCUUUGGAGCAUCCUUCGACUCUGUGGCCAACCAUCUUCAGCCACAGAACGCCACGCCGUCUUUGGAUGAAGCAUCACAGGGGAUCAUGAACAGGACCGAGAGCGCAAGGAACCCUUACUCGGUACCGGAUCUGUCAGAGAUCAACGAGCCUGUCCCAAUGAAGCCUGCCGUACCUGCUAUGCCCGACACCCCAGCCCUCAACACCGUACCGUCCAUCUUUUUCGAUCCUAACUUCAACUUUGAGAAUCCCAGGACGUUUGACCUUGUCUGCGAACAAACAGGGCCGGCAGAGUCGAAAAAUAGCACCACGUCUAUUGUCACCAACAGCAUUCUCCAGGAGAAACUCUCUCACUACUUGGAUACGGUCGAGAUUCACUUGAUGACAGAGAUCUCACGGCGGUCGACGUCCUUCUUUGAGGCGCUGUCGAAUCUCCAGGCACUUCACUCUCAAACAUUGGAAUGUGUGUCCCAGAUCCACGUUCUUCGGGCGCAGUUGGCAAGGAUCGACCACACGCAAUCGAAACAGGGACUCGAGGUUGUUCGGCUCAAGAGGCGCAGGAGGAAUCUGGGUCUACUUCACAAUGGAAUCCGCAUGGUGAAGGAGAUCCGCUCGACCCAGCCCAUGAUUCAAGUCUUAUUGGGAAAGGCCGACUACUUUGGCGCGCUGGACCUGAUUGACGGCGCGCAACGAGUCCUGAUCGAGGGCGACAUGAAGUAUCUCGAGGCGACUCCAGGAUUCGACCCAAGUCUGGCACUUGUUCCCUCGUCUUCUGCCAUCAUGCCAUCGCCUCGUUCAUUGGAUAUCCGUGGAGUUCUGGCGCUUGUCCACUUUAGCGGCCAAUUGACAGAGAUGAGAAAGAUGAUCGGCAAGAUGAUGGAGGGCGACCUGGUAGAUCUGUUGAUCAAUGACUUUCGGUUGCGGAUUGGCAAGUUGGAUGUGGCGACUCUUUUGACGGACCUUGGAAAAGUCGACACAUCCAACACAAAGUUCAUCAAACCCAACUUUACUCGCGGCAUCAACCCUUUGUUGUCCAAGCAGGCCGAGCGUGAGAGCGAUCUCCAGGAGAGGAUGAUGCCGCUUAUCCAGGGUCUUUUGCGCGCGAAUCGGGCUGGAGUUGCACUGCAGACCUUCCGGGAACAAAUCCUGCAGGAAUUUAAGAACAUCAUCAAAUCUCAAUAUCCUCCGCCAGACCCUAAUGUUCAAAACUCGGACGCUCCUCUUUCUGCAAAGAAGAAGGAUCAGAUGGUUGCGUUGACGAAUCAACUCAGGACAAUGGACCCGGUGACGUUCUACAAGAUGUUGUCUUUCAUAUAUGCGUUCUUGCUUGGCGCUCUUCAACGAGUCUCGCUCUAUCAUCAGCUCUUGCUUCACUGCAUCAGGAAGGCGGAGGCCCAAGGAACAGGCGAUUUGAUGAUGGCCGACACAUCUUCGGAUUCAGACAGCAUGCAGGAGUCAGCGUCUAUCCGGGAAAUGAGGGAGGGGGAGCACGAGGGCGAAGAGUAUGAGGAGAUUGACGAUCAAGAGGGCUCCGAUGGAGAGAAUGCUGGAUUCAGCCUCGGUACGAGCACACCGGGAGCAACACCCUUGCAGGCAACGAUAGGCAGGAAACGUAUGACGGCUCAAAGCGGUAGCAAGGUCGAAUCUCCUAGGUCACCCUUCUCAGGCGGACCCAUGUCUCCUCCCGUCAACCGAUUCGGCGCAUUGCAGAUCGAGGACGAAGAUGGACAAAUGGGCGUUAAUGCAGUAGCCCAGCUGUUCCGUCAACUCGAGACAGAAUCGGAGGAGAUCUUGUUUGCUGUGGCGGAUCUGGCACAUUCCAGGUGUGCUAAGUUGAUGGGCAUGAGAUCAGAACAGAGUGCCAAACUUUUGCCCGCCGAGGUCUAUAAGCUGCUGAAGCUCACCUGGUCGUUUGUUCUUCAGAGUGAGCUCCUCUCUGGUUACAUGUGCUACGGUCUCCGGACAGCUAUUCUCUCGCAGUCCAAGACAUUCUUGUUGCAGUUUCACAUGGAAAAGACAAGUCAGCUAGCGCUGGCAGUAGGCGAAGAUCAAUGGGCUCAAGUGGAGGUGCCUUGGUCAUCACAAUCCACGGCCAACGAGAUCACAGCUAUUUCUAGUCUCAGUCUCCAGGAGGCCAGGAACAAGGACUUUACGAUGGUGUUCAAUGUUCUCAGUUUGUCCGCACCACCAGUUCAAGGGAUGGACGAUCACGACUCAUUCAUCCAAUCGCGACUGGGAUCCAAAGGAUCCAACGGAGCUCUCAGCAAUGACAAAGGAGACUCAAAAUCAGCAGAGAUCCCAGCAUCCACGCGUGUACUAUCGGUCCGAGACGAGGUGUUCUUUGUCGUUGGUUGUUCGUUGGUAUUGCUGGACAUUCUGGCAGAGUAUCUGGAUAUUCUCAACAACAUAACUGCCCUCACAACCGACGUCAUGCAGCGCAUCAUCGAGCUUCUCAAGCUCUUCAACUCUAGGACGUGUCAAGUCAUUCUCGGAGCUGGUGCGAUGCGGUCUGCUGGACUGAAGAACAUCACGGCGAAGCACUUGGCAUUGGCUUCUCAGUCUUUGAGUGUAUUUGCUACGCUUAUCCCCUAUGUCAAGGAUUGGAUUCGAUCAAAGAUGACAGACAAGCAAAUGGUGAUGCUGACAGAAUUCGACAGGAUCUUGCGCGACUUCCAGGAACAUCAGAACGAGAUUCACUCAAAGCUGGUGACGAUCAUGACCGAGCGCCUGGCCCUCCACAUCCGCUCCAUGACCAACCCUGCGGUGGUCGACUAUGAUGCACUGAACAAGCCUACUCAGCAGCUGGCGAACGGCGGUGCGAGCGUGAAUGCAUUCAUGGACGGACUCGUCAAGGAUGCUACCACUCUUCACAAGGUCCUGAGUCGUUUCUUGCCUGCGACCUCUAUGCGACGCGUCAUUGAUGAGGUGCUGCAGAUCUUCACCGCUCGGCUUGAAGAAGAGAUCCAAAAGUUGCCAAUUGCUACUCCACUUGGAAAGACUAGACUUCAAGCGGAUGUGGCAUAUUUCGGACAGAAGCUGGGACCGUUGGAUCCCAACGGCGUGAUUGGAACUCGACUGAUGAAGCAAGUCAAGGAGCUGCUACUCACUGAUAGUAAUAACACCGUUGGAAAGAAUAAGCGUCUCUCGAAAGGCAAGAAGGGUCUCAAGAAGAAGGUCGUCGACCCCUUCACCCGCAAGGACUGGUACGAUAUCAAGGCUCCUUCGACCUUUGAGGUUCGCAACGUCGGCAAGACCCUCGUCAACCGCACCCAGGGUAUGAAGAACGCCAACGAUGCCUUGAAGGGCCGUGUCCUCGAGAUCUCCCUCGCUGACUUGAACAAGAGCGAGGAGCACUCUUUCCGCAAGAUUAAGCUUCGUGUUGAUGAGGUCCAGGGCAAGAACUGCCUCACCAACUUCCACGGUAUGGACAUGACCUCGGACAAGCUCCGCUCCAUGGUCCGCAAGUGGCAGUCCAUCAUUGAGGCUCACGUCGAUGUCAAGACCACCGACGGUUACUUGCUCCGCCUCUUUGCUGUUGCCUUCACCAAGAAGGGAGUCCACCAGGUCAAGAAGACCACCUACGCUCAGUCUGCUCAGAUCCGUCAGAUCCGCAAGAAGAUGUUCGAGAUCAUGAUUGCCCAGGCCUCGUCCUGCGACUUGAAGGAGCUCGUCCAGAAGUUCGUCCCUGAGGUCAUCGGAUCCGAGAUCGAGAAGUCGUGCAAGUCGAUCUACCCCCUCCGCGACGUCUUUGUCCGCAAGGUCAAGAUCCUCAAGGCCCCCAAGUUCGACCUCGGAAAGCUCCUCGAGCUCCACUCUGGUGCUGAUGUCGAGAACACCACCGGCGCCAAGGUUGAGCGCAAGGACUUCAAGGAGCCCGCUGUCCUCGCCGAGGUUUAA